AGUUUCUCUGCUUCCUUGCCGCCGAGCGAUGUUUUGAGGGGAAAUGGGUUCAGGUUUCUUGGUUAGGACGGAAGGGGAAGUAAAUAAUUUAAAUGUCUCUAAUAUCUGGGAAUCUACAUUUGAUGGACCAGCAAUCAACGUCCAGACAGUAUCCUGAACAUUUCGACCGGCAAAAACUCCUGGAUUCGUAAGACUGAAGUUUAAAAAACCUUGAGUCCCGUCCACUCAUGUCUUUGUUUGCUAACGUGCAGGGGACGUCCGCGAUAAAGUAAAGAAUAAAUUACGUUUCAAUUGACAUGAUUCGCUUAAUAUUUUAACUAACGUUACUUGUUGUUUGCUAGUCUUGACCGAACAGAAAUAUAUAUUGUUAUGGAAAGCGGAGGUUAACAGUCCGGUACAGGCAAACAAAGGAGAUGUUAACUUGACCGAACCAUAUCAAUGUGUUUAUUAUUUAUAUCGCGUUUUCCAGAAAGGGAGAUAUUGGCUUUACAUCUAAAAAAAACGCCGUUAUUCUGGCUAGAAAUAGGAAAGCACACAGAAGAUGGCAUCGACAAUGGGCAAAACUGGAAUAAAUAAUGAAAGCAGUUGUGGUCGGGAUAGUGGCAGGACAGACGCAGGCAGUCCCACGUCAUCCUCAGGGGCCGCAUCCCUGCCCUCCAACAGGAUUUAUUCUCUAGAUGACCUGGACACUAUUGCCACUGUCGGUACAGGAACCUUUGGAAGGGUUUUUUUGGUGAGAGAUAAAAAGACUAGAGGUUUCUUUGCUCUGAAGGCAAUGAAGAUCCCAGAUGUGAUCCGUCUAAAGCAGGAACAACACGUCCAUAAUGAAAAAGAGGUUCUGACGGAAGUGAGCCAUCCUUUCCUCGUCACACUGUUCUGGACGCAUCACGAUGAGUGUUUCCUGUACAUGUUGAUGGAAUACGUGAACGGCGGUGAACUCUUUAGCUAUUUACGCAGCCGAGGACGUUUCAGUAACAACACCGGGCUCUUUUAUUCAGCGGAAAUUGUAUGUGCCAUUGAGUACCUUCACUCCAAAGAAAUCGUCUACAGAGACCUGAAACCAGAGAAUAUUCUGCUGGACAGCGAGGGCCACAUUCGUCUGACGGAUUUCGGCUUUGCUAAAAAGCUUUCAGAAAGGACGUGGACUCUUUGUGGUACCCCUGAGUAUUUGGCUCCAGAAGUGAUUCAGAGUAAAGGUCACGGUCGAGCGGUAGACUGGUGGGCUCUGGGUGUGCUCAUUUUUGAAAUGCUAGCAGGGUAUCCUCCAUUUUUUGACGAUAAUCCCUUUGGCAUUUACCAGAAGAUUCUAGCAGGAAAGCUGGAGUUUCCGCGGCAUCUGGAUUUCUAUGUAAAAGAUCUAAUCAAGAAGUUUCUGGUGAUUGACCGGGCAAAAAGGCUUGGAAAUAUGAAGAAUGGAGCUGAUGAUGUCAAAAAGCACAGAUGGUUUAAGUCGAUAGACUGGGAUUGUGUGCCCAGUAGAAAACUCAAGCCGCCCAUAGUUCCAAAGGUAUCUCAUGAAGGCGACACGUCUAACUUUGACACCUAUCCUGAGGACGAGUGGAAGAAAGACACGCCAGUACCAGCUAAAGAUCUGGAAAUUUUUAAAAACUUCUGAAGGGAUUUUCCUUAGGGUUUUUGAAAAGACAGAAGGGUUUGUACACAAAAUGAUCAUUUUAAUCUAACCAUUCAGGGGAAAUUAAAGGUCAGUUUCAUCAUUAUACGGAAAUCUUUUCCUGCUUUUCCAUAUCCAUAUUUCCACAUUUCUAUAUCUGCAGACUUGAAAGAGAGAUACAAACUGUAUGAGAACAUCACAACCAUUAUUGUUAUUAUAAUGGACAACUUCAUUUUGUUGGGUCUCUUUAUAUUAUGCAAAAAUGUAUUUUAAAUGUCAUAUUAAAUCAGCAAUAACAAGGAUCUGUUCAAGGUUCCUUUUGCUGGAUCAAGACAAUGUCUUUGCUUACCUAAAAGUGUGUAGUCAUGAUUCAGUGAUGACUCAUAGCUUAAAAGCUGAAUCAGUGAUUUUAGCCUGACUAAAAACUGAUCUAGCCGUGUUGAUCCCCAGUCUUGUAACCAUAUAAAACCUAUAUGUGGUAUAUCUGUACGUAUAUCGGAACAUUAGAAUCCAAAGAGCAUUAGAACAGAUGUCAGAUGGAUAAUGCCUGGCAAAGUAGAGGGAGCACUUACCUACUCAAACUUGAUCUCACAAACCUACUGGUGACUUUAAUGUUUGGUCGUAUCAUAAUACUGUACCUGUUCAAAACACAUUGUCUAUUGUGCUGUGCGAUCUUGUUAUGUAUGUGUUUACUAAUUGGUUAAAAGGAUAGUUCACUUUUAAAAUUGAAGUUCUGUCAUUAUUUACCUCUUGUCAUUUCAAACCUCCAUGACUUUCUUCUGCAGAACACAAAAGAAGAUAUUUUGAAAAAUAUUGGUAACAAGAAACCAUUGGUCCCCAUUGACCAACGUAUCAAAGUAUCUUCUUUUGUGUUUUGUAGAAGAACAAAAAUAACACAGGUUUAAAAUGACAAUAGGAUACGUAACUGAUGACAGAAUUUUCAUUUUGAGGGUGAACUAUUCCUUUAAGUGCAUAAACACUUCAGGAUUAUUACCUAGUGCUUGUCAAAAGUUGCCUUGCAGUGGUGUAAAGGUGAAUUUAGCACAAUUUACAUUACAUUGUUUUGUAGGUUGUAACGGUACCUAAAACGUGUAAAAAAAAGGUUUGCUGAAUUCAAGUCUUAAUAAGAACUGACUGUUGUUUGAAAUGCAUUAGAAUUGUAGCUACUGUGUGUGUUUAAAACUGUUCUUCCUCUUUCCUAAAUGCCUUUGACUGAUUUUGUCUGAAGCAUAAAUCUGUCAUUGUAAAUUGUCUGAACAAAUAACACUUGUGAUCAUUUAUUUGCUUUUUCAGCUUUGUUAGUACACUUCCAUUUGAAAUUGCACAUGCAACUUUACACUAUGGAAACCAACUAGCAGAUUUCAUAUAAACUUCUUUACAGCGUAAUGCACUGUCAGUGGUACAUACAGUAUGAAGAGAUGUUGGAUUAUUUUCUGUUAAUCAAAUUUGUUUUUCUUUGUACAAUUGAAUUCUUUUUGCUGUGUUUUAAUUUUUUAUGUUUUUUGAGAGAAUAUUGUAUUUUAUGUUGUUUGCAAAAGCAAAGGCUGAAAUGAAGUUCUAUGAACUUAAUGGUUGAUAAAACCACAGCAUAGAAUUUUUAUACUUAUUUGUAAUUAUACCUUUUUUAGGUUAUUGAUAUUUUAUUUUUAUUGCCUUUUAAACUUGGGACAGUGUAUUCAAGAUGGUACAAGUGCAAUGUAUCCUGAAACAUGUUGUUAUGAAGACAAAUGCACAAUCUAUAACCAUGAAAAUAAACUGAAUUUU